CUGCUGCUACUUGCUAUUAUUGGAGUAACUGAGAGCGCAGCCUGCGAUCUAGAGCGUCGCGAGCGUGAAAGUAGCAAUACCUCCAACACUCGGAAGUCGGCUCCAGCGAGUAUUCCGAGCUCCACCGGACCCCUCUCGAUUAAGCAUCUGGAAGGCGACUCCUUGGAACGGCAACCUGAGCAAGGCCCCCUCUCCGGCGAGCUCAAAUACAUCUGCUAGUCAGCGCUUUACCGUGGACGCCCGGAAAUGCUUCUCAAAUGCUCACGACCGCCUUGUGCGGAGGGUCGCCGUGGCUCGUCGCUGACGCCGAAAAUCGGCGCAGUGACCUCAAUUCCAGUUAUGUUGCCGGCGCUGAGCCCGGCGACUGCUUUCAGGAAUGCGCCGCGCUCGGCGCUUGUUGCCCCGGCCGCCGCCGUCUCGGAGUCCCCUGCCGAGCUGCAAUCGGAGGAGCAGCCCGUGCGCGGCUUCGGCAAGCGCCUGGCGUCUGUGAGCUUCGAGCAGCCCGAUGAGGCCUCGCUCGUGAGCUGCCGCUUCAUCGUGCCCCACCACGUCACCAAGCCCGGGCAGCAGCUCUUCCUGAGCGGCUCCUCGCCGGCGCUGGGCGAGUGGGACCCGGCCCGCGCGGUGCCGAUGGAGUGGCAGGAGGGCCACAGCCACGUGGCGGUGGUGCGCGUGCCCGCCUCGCGCCUGGUGCAGGCCAAGCUGGUGCUGAUGGAGAACGGCAAGCCGGUGUACACGGAGGAGGGCAACGCGCGCGACCUGAUGCUGCUGCCCUCGGGCGUCAGCCUGCAGCCGGGCGCCUCGCUCAACAGCAUGGACGAGGAGUCGCAGCCCGCCGCCGCCGCAGCCAACCCCGGCCAGCUGGACUACCAGAUCAUGUGCCACGUGGGCAACACCGAGGCGACCCAGAUCCUGCGCCUGCCCGUGGUGCUGCCCGCCAAGGACUCCAGCGACCGGCGCGUGCUGUGCAAGUUCGUGGUGAUGCUGGACGGCAUCAAGCUGGAGCCGCGGCAGUUCCCGGUGGUGGUGGGCAGCGCGGCGGAGCUGGGCGCCUGGAACGCCGGCGAGGGCGUCAAGCUGAUGCGCCAAGUGGGCGGCUACUGGACGCGCCGCGUGGAGCUGCCGCUGUACGAGGGCAGCGGCGACAUCCAGGCCAAGGUGGUCAUCUGCAACGCGGACGGCUCACCCGCCGUGUGGGAGCCCGGCACCACCAACCGCGUGCUCAGCGCCUGCCGCUCCACCCCCGGCGGCUCCGCCAUGCACAUCUUCGUGUGCCGCUGGAGCCAGCCCGGCUUCACGCCCACCGUGUGCGUGCCGGUGCAGCACGAGGACGCCAGCAAGGAGUACGUGAAGCAGCUGGACGCGGCGCAGAAGGAGAUUGGAAUGAUGCGCCAGGCCGUGACCGCCAAGUCGCGGCAGGUGCAGUCGCUGGAGUCGGAGCUGGCGGCCGUGCGGCGCAGCGAGCGGUCCAUGCGUGAGGAGGUCGGCGCGCUGCGUGCCGAGCUGGGCCAGUUCGCGCAGGAGGCCGAGCUGGCCGCCAAGUCGGAGAUGGCGGCCCGCCGCGAGGUGGCCGAGCUCAGCGAGCAGCUGGCGCGCGUGGAGGAGAACUACGAGCGCCAGGUGAACUUCUUGGCCGCCAAGCUGGAGGAGAUGGAGCGCGAGAUCCUCUCGCUGCAGGACCAGCUGCGCGAGUCCGGAAACGGCAGCUCGGCGCAGGGGGCGGUGCAGAACCAGCACGCCGGCCAGCACGGCUACAGCAACGGGAACGGCAACGGCAGCGGGCGCCCCGUCACGCGUGCUAGCUGGCGCUAAGCUGCCGUCGCCAACGACGCGGUGGUAAGCGCCCUAGCGGGUGUGGCAGAAUUCCAGGUGCAGGGGAAAGGCGCGGCCGGAGUGUGAGAGUUGGCAGCAGGUCGGGUGUUGGUCUAAAGCCUGGGGGAAGCCGUGUGCGCUGCGAGCAGGGUGCAGCGCUCGGUCCGAACCCAAGGAGAGGGAUUGCGUUUCUUCGUAGCGUUGUAUUACGUUUGGGUAAUCAUGGGCGGCUUCGCGCGUGCGGCACGUCCAGUCCGGUUCCUUUGACUUCGUGUCUUCAGGGGAGGGAGGCAUGACGAUGAAGAUAUGGCGGUGUUGUGGUUUCGCUCAAUCGUUGUGUCCGGCUAGCGCUGAGCUUCUGGAUGAUUGGACCUUAUUUGUUUUGCAAGCGUGAGCACGGCAGCAGCUAUGUCUCGCUGGGGGAGUGGGCAGGAAGCGCUGCAAGGGCGUCGAGCAUGGAGAGAUAAGGCCUCAACUGCGCAUGUGGCGGUUGAAAGGGGCGAGGGCCUGCCAGCCUGCGCAGCCUGCUUUAGGCUGCAUGCAAUUUACUUGUUGAGGGAGGAGAGGCUGAGCGGCGCACAGUGGAUUUGAUAUUUGAGACGGGAGCUCGAGGGCCAGCGUGAGGCCAGGCGGGAGAGGAGCGGGAGACGGAGUUUGUGGUACGGUAUGAACAACGCUUAUGCUAGCACGGUCAGCACAUGCUGCCUUCACUUAUUCCUUCGCAUGAAGUGUGGACGGCGGCGCAUGUCUCCGACACGGUUUGACUCAAGGUGGAACCUACUCAGUCCUUGGUUGCCAUGAGACUCUUCCUCAGUAUGUUGGGGCAGAGGGUGUGAAGCAACGCACUGCAUGGCUGUGCAGUGGUAAGAUUGAUGUGUCGCUGUUGGUAUAAGAGCAACGCCCCACCUGACGCGAAGGACGUAUGACUUUGUUGGCGGUUUUGGUAUUGUCCGGCAGGGAAGCGGGCUUUGGUUGAACACAAUUUGCGCACAUGCUGUAGCGGGAUCAAGUCGAGGUCUCGCAAGUCAGGCCGCUCCGGGCUUGAGUUUGCUUGCUUCACAUUGAUCCCGGGCGUCACUGGCCGAGCCUCAAUACCAAAUACAGGCGAGGAGCACUAGUGGGCAUGCGGUGGAGUAAAGCACGAGCUAGUGGUUUCGCCGCGUCGGUGGCAAACCCCUUUCCUAAAGCGUGCGUGUGGGUGAGUAUAAAGUACGCCAGAGGCGCGGUGGGAUUCUUGCCGCUGGUGUCUCCCAAUGUGCGCAACCUCUGCACGGCACACGUAGCUGUGGUGCCGUAUCAUCUUGCGUACUCAACGCAUGUGCGAUGUUCUGUGGUCUCGUCUCGUCAUUGUUUGUUUGGUUGGACUGCUGGUACCGUGUUCCGAGAGUUGUACCACCUCCUUUUGAGGUUGGCCCCAUGGGGCACACAUACGACGGCGAGUUGAAGCGCUGUUGGGGAUUUGCGAGCAGCGUAUGACUUAGCUUGAGCAUUGUAAGACGCACGGAAC